AUGGUGUGUCCAUUCUUGCAAGAUGUGGUGGAUGAGGAAGCACUCGUGCUCAGGAGAGCCUUCAGGGACCGGUUGGACCCACUGGCCUUCCCUGAUGACUACCUGUAUGAAAGGUGCAGGUUUUCUGCAGAUGGCAUCAGGUAUCUGUGCAGACUGCUGGGUCCCAGGAUCAAACACCGCACAGCACGGAGCCAUGAGCUGAGUGUGGAGCAAAUGGUUUGUGUGGCCUUGCACUUUUUUGCUAGUGGAGGCUUCCUGUACUCAGUGGGAGAUGCAGAACAGCUGAACAAGGCCACAAUUUGCCGCACAAUACGGAGAGAGUAUCUGGCUAUUAAAGCACUGUCAGAUGUCUUCAUCCACAGAAGACUCCAUGACAUCAAAGAGGAGUUUUAUAGGAUUGCAGGUUUCCCCAAUGUCACUGGUGCAUUGGACUGCACACACAUCAAGAUAAAAUCCCCAUCAGGUGCCCAUGAGGCAGAUUUUGUGAACAAGAAAUCCUUUCACAGCAUUAAUGUUCAGAUGGUCUGCAAUGCUCACUGUCUGAUCAGCAAUGUUGUGGCAAAGUGGUCCGGCUCAGUCCAUGACUCCCGAGUCUUUCAGACCUCCGGAAUCUACCAGCGCCUAUCACAAGAGUCGCUGUGUGACUUCGGUUUUGAAAGGAGCUGA